AUGGAGAAGGUCCAAAUUGGCAGAGUAAUAACACUGCCUAUAGUGUUAUUACUGCUGGCAAUAAUUGUUCCUGAGACAUGGAGCCAGCAGCAAUCAAAAUCACCAGACCUCCAUUUCAUUCCCCAUCUCCCUAUAAUACCAAGAAACCGCCCACUCUGCCCCCAACAAAUUUCACUAGCAAAUUACGCAUGUGCGCGAUUGCCAUUUUCGUCACAUUUGUCCCCGUUUGCUGAAGAUGGAGCCCAUCUAUUUAAACAUUUGACGCCGGUACUUGAUGAUGACGGCGAGCAUGACGUUGACCUUCCCUUUGACCUUGACGAGGACGAGGACGAGGACGAGGACGAGGACGAGGACGAGGACUUCGAGGAUGAUGAUCUUGACUACAGCCUUGAGGACUUCGAGGAUGAUGAUCUUGACUAUGGCCUUGAUGAUUUGGUGGACGCCCAAGCCGGCGGCAACAUCCAUUUAGAUGCACGUCACAGUCGGCAUGGAAGCCCAGGGGGUCAUCAUGGCAGGGGAAACCACCCACGUCGUCCCGGUCGCGGUCAUGGUCGUGGCCACCCCCGACGAGGUCAUGGUCGUGGCCACCCACGCGGACGUCAUGGUCGUGGCCACCCACGCCGACGUCAUGCUCGGGGUUAUCGUCGUCGUGGUCGCCGUCACGGUCGGGGUCAUCGCCGUCCUGGUCGUGGUCACCAUCGUCGUCGCGAGCGUCGCCGGACGUCUCCGGAGGCGAAUAACUGCUGCAGGUGGGCUAGAGAAGUGGACAGUCAGUGUGUUUGUGAAGUUCUGGCUCGGAUGCCACCAUUCCUUGUGAGGCCUUCUCAUCUAUACACGCUCCGAAUCGGUUAUGGUGAUUCAUGCGUCAUCACAUACCGUUGCGGUUCACCAGUUUGA